AUGCCACAGACAAAACGGAAAGAAUAUUCAACAGGUGAUAUAAGAAAAGCUUUUAUCCAAUACAAAAGAUUGAAAGAAAAUGGCGAAGAAACUUCAAUAAGGAAAACUUCAGCAGAUUUUAAUAUUCCACCAUCUACUCUCCAAAAAUAUAUAGAUAGAGGUGAAGAUUAUAUAGAAGCUCAAUUUAUAAGAGAAGAACUUAAAUUACUUCAUGAAAUAAUGAUUCUUAGAUAUUCUAAAGAUAAAGCUGAUUUUGGACAUGCUGUUACUAUAAAUGAUUUUAAAGGUAUAGCUAAUGUAUUAGUCGAAGAUAUGAAUAAAUAUUUUAAUGAUAGUGACGAUAUUAAUAUAAGAUUUAGUAGAGCUUGGUUUGAUGGAUUUAGAAAAAGACAUUCUGAAUUAAAAGCCGAGAAAUUGAAAGGUAUACCAAAAAGUGAAUUUGAAGAUGGUGAAUAUGAAUGUUUUUUAUAUUGGUUUAUAAAAUAUAAUGAGAAGAUUAAAGAUUUUAAUUUAUUACCAAAAAAUAUUUAUAAUUUGAAUGAAACUAAUUUCCAAGUGGAUAUUGAUAAUGAUGAAUUUAUUUUUAAAUCAAUUGAUGCCAAAAAUGAAAUAUGCGAAGAAAACGGAUAUACAGAGUUUAUUUCAGUUUUAGAAUGUAUUAAUCAAACAGGUGAUGUUAUAAAACCUAUGGUUAUAUUUAAUGAUGAAACUAAUGAAGAAAGUAAAAUCACUAAACAGAUCUUGAAAACUAACAAAAUACCCAAUUGGGAAUAUCAAGUGAAUGAAAAUGAAAGUUCAUCAAAUUCGAUAGGACUUGAAUGGUUAGAAAAUGUGUUUAUACCAGAAGUUAAAGCAGGUUCAAAUAAUGAUGAAUCUAUAGGAUUAAUAAUGCUGGAACAACUUGAAAAUUAUAUAACUCCACAAUUUAUUUUAAAAUGUUAUGACUCGAAUAUUAUACCAUUAUAUUUCCCACCUACUACUAAUCAUAUGUUUCAACCAUUAGAUCAUAUAAAAUUUAAAAAUUUUAAAAUGGAAUUAAUUAUUGAAUUAAAUCAAAUCAAAUCUAAUUCAAACAUAAUUGCAUUUAUUGAAAGUUAUGAAAAAUUAAGGAAACAAUUUUUUAAAUCAAUUAAUAUCAAAAAUUCAUGGCAAAAAUCAGGUCUAUAUCCAAUUAAUCCAAAUAUAAUAUUAGAUCAAACAACAAUAAAAAACAAACCAAAUCCAUAUAAUAAUAAUAUGAAUAUUAAUUUAAUAGAAAUUGAUGAAUUUCAAAUUUCAGAUGAAGAAAUGACAGAAGAAAUUAAAGAAUUGACGGAAGAAAUUAAAAUUUUAAAAAAUCGACAAAAAAAAGAGACAAUUUUAUUAUAUAAAACAACUAGAUUAACAGGAGAAAAAUUAAAAAAAGAAUUUUUAGAAUUUGAUUCAAAGAUGAAUUUUGAUGAUGAUGAUUGUUGUUGUUCUGCUGUUAAGUUAAAAUCAAAUGAAACUCAAAAAACUCAAAGUUGA